CUGUUGUCCCGUAGGUGUUUGGACCCAUAACCGAACUGUUCGGCCUUCACCCCACGGUGGCUUUCAAACGGAACCGAGAUUUCUCUGAGAAAAAUGAAAAUAUAUUCUGUCUUGAGAAUUAAUCAAAGCCCAGGUGACGUCAGAGCUGAACCGUGUGAGCAGGCCAGAACCGAGCUUUGAUUCGGAGAGGGUCCAAGACCGGAACCAACUUUCCUUUUGGGUCGAGCUGAGAACUUUCAACGGCGCUGAAGUUGGCCUCCAACUCGGUGCUGACUUUGGUUUUCUGUAGUUAAUCUGGGUCGGAACCAACCAGAACUGGGUCAUUCUGGGUCGUUCUUUAAACACAGGAUGUCGGAGGCUGGCGCCCGGCGGCACAGAGGCGGCGGUCUGGUGGACGCCUACGACCGCGUCCUGGAGCAGCAGAUCCUGGGACGCGGCUCCUGCCUGGCCUGCAGGGACGAGACGCUGCGGACGCAGGUGGACGGGCUGCUGGAGGACGCGGAUCCUCGGGAGGUCCACUGUCUGGGCCUGGACCCUCUGGGGGCCAUGGAGGAGGCGCUGAUGGCGGCUCCGUCCGCGGCCUACGGCCGGAGGGGCGGGGCCGGCCGGGGGCUGCGGGGGCUGGCCAAAGCCUUCGAGGUUCUGGAGCAGGCGGCGCUGAACCUCUACCUGGGUCCCUGGAGGGAGGAGUACAAAGUCAUCAAGAUGUACUCCGGUACCUUCACCCACUUCAUCGCCCCGGUGCUGCCGCUGGCGCUGGCCGAGCGCCUCUUCGGCCUGCUGGGGUACCGGCCCGGCCCGGCCCGGCCCGAGCAGCUGCGCCUGCAGUCGGCCAGAGUCAGCCCCGCCGCCCUGGAAGACCUGCUGCGUCUGUCCUGCGCCUUCUUCCUGGCCCGCUGCGAGUGCCGCCUCCUGCUGCGGGCCCUGGGGGGGCGCGGGGGCGACGGCCAAUGGGAGCUGAGCCUGGUGAGGGAGCGGCAGAGAGGACUCCGCCUGCAGGUGGCUGUGGACAACGUGGGGCUGCAGCUGGCAGCCGAAGCAGAAGUGGAUCUGUACCGAGAGGAGGAGGAGGAACCUGGAAGUGAGGAGGAGGAGGAGGAGGAAGAGGAGCCGGGGGGGCGUAGGUCAGACGUGCGCUGCAGGUGCCUCGCUGCUCCUCCUCUCCGCCUGCAGCGCUGCUUUGACUGCAACGCCUUCCACAGCAUCACCUGCGCUGACCUGGCUGAGUGCAACGUGAGCCACCACCGGGUGGAGGACGCCAGCGGGGGGGAGGGGGAGGAGUCCCGCUGCGAGGGCCCGGGGAGGCGGCCAAUCAGCUACCACUGCGAGUCUGCUAAGGCGGACCCGCAGCUGCUGUGCCGCUCCUGCAACGUCCUCCACGGCGCCGCCUGCGUGGAGGGCAAACUGUGCCGGACCACGCAUGAAACCAGCGCGCUGGGAAGAUGCUCCUGCGGGAGGCCGUCCUCCAGGAACCCGCUGGUUCUGUGCCACUACUGUGGCAACGAGUACUGCAGCAGGUGUUGGUACCAGAACCCUCUGUCCUGCACCUGUGGACAGACGUUUGACCCGUCCACCUCCGUCUGACGGGCCUCCUCACACUAACGAGUUCAGCAGAACCACGGCGCCUUCAGUCUGGGUCUGCUCCUAACGGGUCGGGAUGCUUCUGGGUCACUUCAGUCUGUUGGGACUCCGUCUGGAGUCUGUGGAGCAUAAAGUUCUGCAGAAUCUGCCUUCUUACACGUCUGUCUUUUCUUUUGCUACACUCAGAUGUUUCACACAAUAAAACUAAAGUUAAAAACCAA